AUGGCAAAAAUGGGCAUGAAAAUGAAUAUAUCGGAAUCUAAUGGAUCCGAAGAAGCGUCCGAUUUUUCAAUUCCUGAACUUCCUGAAGGUCAAGUUCUCAGAUUCGUUCUGUAUACUUCAUGGGAUGAUCCUCAUUUCAUCGGAAUCAAUACUAUUGAAUUGUUUAAUGUAUUUGGUGAACAACCAGAAAUUAAUCAAAUGAAAACAAACGCAAAAAUAACGCAAGGCUCUCUGGAUAAUGUAUUCAAGAGCAGAGAUGCUGAUUUAUCCACUAAUGACCCUGGAAAAAUGUGGUCUGCCAGAUAUGAUGAUCUUUUCGAACCGGUUUACAUUGAAAUUUGCUUGGAAAAAAAAGAAAGUAUUGCAAUGAUCCGAAUUUGGAAUUAUAACAAAUCACGUGUUCAUGCAUUGUGUGGAGUACAUGAUCUUCGAAUUGAUUUGGAUAGCAGGAUGAUAUUUCAGGGCGAGAUUUCUUGCGCAUUUACGUUUGACAGCAAAGAAGAACCUAUGGUUGAUACAAUUUUAUUCACAACGGAUGAAACAAUAUUAGAAUUAAUUGCGGAGAACGAUAAAUGCUUGCGCACGCAUGAAAUGAUGCGCAGUGCUUUGGAUCUUCAUCAGCUGGCUGAUGAGCUCUCAGGUUUUUUGAUAAUAAAAGCACGAGCAAGUUAUGUUCAAAUGGAGUCAUCGUUACCAGUUUCAAGAACAUCAAUUACAUCAACAGACGCAAUCAGACCAAGCACCGGGGAUCGAAAAUCACAAUAUCACAGUUUAACAUGCUUAGCUGAUUGUGAUCGUGAUCAACAGACGAUCGAUCGUGAUGGAAGUAAUAAUGAAAGUUCUUCCAGUUCAACGAUUAAUUCAUUUAAAAGAACAAAUCAAGAAGAAACCAUCUCAGAAAAUGAUUCAAUAAGAGAUGACGCUGCGUUUCUCUCAAUAAAAGUUUUUCAUAUGGAACUUCUGGAAAACUGGGGUGCUCCUGAUUGCAUCGGUCUUACCGGACUACAGUUUUUUGGUCCACAAGGUACUAUUUGCAGUCAUUUGAACUGCAAUAUAACAACCUCUACAGCAGCACAUAUUUCACGCAGGCUAUUAAAUGGGAAGAAUCUAACAAGAAGUAGAGAAGAUAUGUGGCUUACACCUUUUUCACGUUACUCUCCACCUGUACGAGUUACAAUAACAUUUCCUGAGCCUAUCAUCGCUUCAGGUAUUUGUGUGUGGAACUAUAAUGCUUCACCAGAAAUGUCAUACGCUGGAGUGCGAAGUAUGCAACUUUAUGUAAAUGGUAAAACGCUUCCAGGGCCCAUAUUGCUGAGAAAAGCUCCAGAUGUUGCAGGAUUUAUUUACUUCGACUAUGUUCAAGAUAUUAUAUUCAACAAAUGUAUUUUGUACAGACCUGUUUCCAGACCAGAAAAUGAUUGCAUUCUUGCAUUUACUUAUCAAUUACAACUUCACUCUACGUGGGGCGAUGAAUACUACAUUGGUCUCAAUGGAAUAGAAUUUUACGAUCAUCACGAAGAACUAAUCAAACUUCUCCCACAAAGUUUACUUUCAUUCUAUCAAGAACUUACCAUUAAUUUGGCAGCAUUUCCGGAAAGUGUCAAUAUAUUACCUAAUGUUAGCAACGACCAACGUACAAGCGAUAAACUUAUAGAUGGCUACAACGAUACCGAAAACCCAUCACAUAUGUGGCUUACACCAAUUUUGCCGAAUCGUUGCGCACGUGUAUUUGUAAUAUUCGACGCUCCAACAUAUGUAUCACGCAUAAAUGUAUACAACUACCGUAAGACAUCAUGGCGUGGAGUUCGUCUUAUUAGCAUAUCAAUUGAUGAUCUGAUUGUAUACAGCGGAGAAGUACCUCAAAGUACACCAGAAAAAACGGGUUUGCUGACAGUAUCUUUACGUGAAGAAUAA